AUGGGAUUGAAGCAGGGUGGAGUGAAAGAAAACUGCGGCGGUUGUUACAAACUCAAUAAACUUCAAUCGGUAAAGUUUAUCAAUUUAUGUAUACAGCAAACGCAGCAGCAAGUUGAGUCAAGCUUAAAUAGUCCCAGUCCGGUUCGGGCAAUGGGACGUCGACGAAGCACAUUAAGCGUUAUCCCGCAGUAUGCUUUGCCGCGGCUAGAAGAGUACGAUGAGUCUCCCCAGAAACUAUGUGAUUUCUUGGAACUUCGACUUUUGACGUGUUUCAUGACUAUCCAUAUUAGGCAAAAGUUGAUAUACGUCAGCUCUGUGGCUUUUAAAGAGAUGGAUCCUCAGUUCCAAGUGCAAUUGCCGCACAUUCCUCCAUUUUUGCGUAAAUGUGUAGUUAAGUUAUGGUAUAAUGAAAGUGACCUGUGGAAUUUGCUUUGUGUGUACAAAUUGGAUUUAUGUCAAUUAGUGGAGAUCAACAAGGUUGAAGGAGAUGAAGAUUCUGGGUUCAAGGAAAAUUCGCUUUGUAUGGAGUUGAAUUCUCGUUGGUUUACUUUUAAAAACAUGCUCGUGCCAGAUUAUGUAAAUCAGUUUACUCAAAUAAAAAGGACGUGGCAUACAAGGUCGGUGCCGUCUUAUACUUUUGAUCAAAUGAGAGCGAUCAACAACUUGACGAAAUCAAUUAGAGAGCUAAAGAUGUCGCGAGAUAACUUGAAGAAACAAAUUCGGCGGUACAUGAUGAAAUUGGAUACCAAUAAUGCUAACAAUUUGCCUCAAAUCAUAGAUGAGUUGGAACACAAGUGUACCUCUUUGCAAGGUGAUAUAAACAAGAUCAAAACUCAGAUUGAAGCUACGAAAAGAAAAAUUUACGACUCGAGACUGGAAAUCAGUCACAUUAAAGAUGUGGUUUCUAAAUUUGAUGGUGUUCAAGACAUGAUCAAUGAUAAAUUAGAAAUAUAUAAUCAUGAGCUAGCAUCAACUAAAGAAGUCACCCUAAGCACAAAGAAAGAGAUAAAAAGUAAACUCAGUCGGUUUAUCCUGGUGAUAAACGAGAUUAUUCCAAUAAAACCAAUUGCCACCAACAUCGCCGCCACCUCCUCGUCCAACUCCAACUCCAACUCCUCCAACUCCAACUCCUCCUCCAACAACAACUCCUCCUCCUCGUCUAAACUAUUUUCAAUUGCAGGGUUCGAAUUCCCGUUGAACUUGACAGCAGUAAGAGGCAUAUGUUAUUACGGCAACUCUACUUUACAAAACAUAUACUAUGAACCACAAUUUGAUACUACUGGCCAACUACACAGUUUCAACAUUUGUCAAAUAAAUGCAUCGCUCUCGCACAUUAUUCAACUCAUGCAAGCUAUUGCUUGUAUUACUUCAACUCCCCUCCGUUAUAAAAUGAUACACGCAGGUAAUCAAAGUUAUAUCAUGGAAGAGGAUUGCAAAAGAUACCCCAUACUUGGCAAGCAACCAGCAGCAACAGCAACAAUAGCAACAACAACAACAACAACAACAGCAGCAGCAGCAGCAACAACGGCAUUUGCUCGUAACCCAACAUUCAAAUUCCCCUUAUUCUACGAUCCAAGAGAUGCCAAUAACGAAAAAAUUCUUACUAACCAAGGUACAAUUACAAUGAACCAGGAAUUUGAGUAUGGCUUAAACCUAUUGUUGAAAAACAUGAGACAAUUGUUAAUAUGUGUUAGAGAGGAUAUCUAUGAUAUUAGCGGAGAAGAGCGUAUUCCCGAAGACUGUUUGGAUAAUUUCCUUUGGGGAUUGAAAUACUUGGAAUUGCUAAUGACUUGUUAA